UUAUUUCUUUUGUGAUCAAGAAGUUAGUCACACAUGACAAUCUGGAAUAGGAAAGUAGAUAGAAUUUUUAUCUAUUUAUACUUUUUUCCUCAAUCCAUGUAGAAUAAGCAUAAUCAUAAACAUACUGGUAUGAACCACUUAGAAACGCUGUGUGGUCACAAUCCUUGGUUACCUCUGAAGAAGUGACACCAGCCCCUGUCUACCCUGGGUACUUUGAUAUUGUGCCCGAGUGUAGCCAGAGAAAUGGGCCAGAAGAGACCUCCCAGGAGACCUAGGAUCCUGGUGACUUUAUGUGUCCCCAGAAGGGAGGGGACAUAUCAGGUUGAAGCUGGAACAUUUAGACCUUAAACAAGGCUCCUAACCCCUCAGGGUGCCCUUUGUCAUCUGUGAACUGAUGACCAUUAAAGAUAAUAAUGGAAAUGACACUUCUCUCCAAGGAAGCUACAGGUAAUAAAUAAUAUGUGUGGCAAUGUUCCAUCAGCCCUAAAGUCCUUAGGUGCUUUUACAUAUGAGGAGCUAUAUCCCCAUAGCAUAAGGAGCAUGCCACCCGCAGAGGAUGCCCUGGGUCCCAAUACAUUUAUAAUGUUACUUUAUAGCUACAUAAAAGGCAUAGUUAUUGUUUUAGAGCAGCUUAUAAACAUUUAAAAUGUCUUUCUUUGUGUCUGAUAAAACUGUGAACCCUUUCUCUUUCAAAAACCAAUAAAAUAUAACAAAUCCAGCAAUUGGCAAAAAAUAAAGUGUGUUAAUGCAUACAUCUAAUAACACUUUACAUGCAAUUUCUGGGGUUUUUCAUCUCCUCUAACACCUACCCUGGCUUAAGAAAAUGGUCCUAGAGACACAGGCUUCAGCUCUCCAAUUGAAUUCUGGGAGAGAAAUAGACUGUGUAGAGAAAUGAGUGCAAUAACGAUGUUUAACACCAGCCUGAGAAAACCCCUAGAGGGAACAUCUCUGGGAUGGUGAUGUACUCAUAUAGUGCUCUUGAAAAAAAAAAAAAAUAGCGGAUGUCUGAUUUUAACGGGUCUAAAUUAAAAUGUGCUCAGAUGAAAGAACGAGUCUUCCCCAUAUAAGCAGCCACUCUUCAGCUCACUGAACUUUUAUGCAAAAAGUCGCAGUGCGGAUGGACACCUGAAUCCUCUCCGCUCCACAAAAGGGCUGCUAUCCGGUGACGGCGGCGAGGUCCCCUUACCACAGGGCGAGGCUCCUCCAGGUCGCUCGGAUGCCUGCUCAGAGCCCAGCUUAUCGGGGCAUCUUGGAGCUCUUGCCAAGGGCCCUGGUCACAUCUCGCUGUUCUGGAUUUUAUCUUGAGAAGCACACACGUUUUUGGUGGAGGGGUGUCUCUGUUAAGUAGGAUUUCAUUUUGGAACCAGAGAAUUCAGCACCAGGGCCAGCUCAGGCAAGGUGGACAUGUAAAAAUCCAGUCCCAGAGCAAGUCCAACUGAUGGAGACCACGUCCAGAGAAGGAAAAUGAAAAGGAAAGAAAAUAACUGAGCAGGUAAAGCCUUGUCACACUGUCCCCAUCCAAUCAGGGUCUCCCAUCGCAGAACACCCCAGGCACUUGGACGAAUGAUCCCUAAGGCCAGCCAGGGCGCUUGCCUUUGAGCUCACAGCGCACGACCUUCGGUCUUCAGAUUGUCUAUGGCAUCUCGAUUAUUGGAGGUAAGUAUCCGCCCCAGGAGAGAUGCGCAUGUCGCCGGCCUGACCCAGGCGGCACUCGCUGGGAUUCCAGAGAUCCGAGCCUCCUGGAAGGCAGAUGGCGCGGGGCCUGGAUGUCGACUCCUCUACCUCCAGCUAGAUCAAGUGGCGGCGGUGCAGGCAGCUGGAAGCUACCCACAGAGAGAAACCGAGCACCAUGCUCAGAAAGAUCCACUCCAUCUUUAGCUCCAGCCGGCAGAGGAAGGCUGCUGCGGAGAGCCCCUACUGCAACGGAGCCGGUCCCACCGCGAGGCUCAUUCGCAGCAGCUCCAUGUACGUGGUCGGGGACCACGGCGAGAAAUUCAGUGAGUCCUUGAAGAAGUACAGAAGCACGAGCAGCAUGGACAGCAGCCUGUACUACCCUCCCCAGGAGGAGGACCGGGCCUGGAUGUAUUCGCGCACCCAGGACUGUCUGCAGUACCUGCAGGAGCUGCUGGCCCUGCGCAAGAAGUACCUCAACAGCUUCAGCGACCUCAAGGCCCACCGCAGGCAGGGCGUUUCCUCCACCUCCUCCAAAUCCUCCAAGGGAGGCAAAAAGGCCUCUGGCCAAUCCUCCUCCAAAGAAAUAAAGAAACUAACUUCAAAGAAAUACUCGCAGUUCAGUGCCGAUGUGGCCGAGGCCAUCGCCUUCUUCGACUCCAUCAUUGCAGAGCUGGAUACAGAGAGGGGACCCCGGGUGGCCGAGGCCGACCUGCUGAAUGAAGAUGUGGAUUUUGAUGUGGCCACCAGCUCCCGGGAGCACAGCUUGCAUUCCAACUGGAUCCUGCGGGCCCCGCGCAGACAUUCUGAGGACAUUGCUGGACAAGCUGGCCACACCCCAGACAGCCAGUUUCGAAGGAGCACGGAGCGCAGGACCAUUGGCACCCAGAGGAGACUGGAGAGGCACCCCAUUUACUUGCCCAAGGCUGUGGAAGGAGCAUUCAGCACCCUGAAAUUUAAGCCCAAAGCCCACAAAAAAGACCUGGGGAGCUCCAGACAGAUCCUCUUCGACUUCUCAGGAGAAGAUACGGGAUGGGAUGUGGAGCUCUUUGCACCGGAGCCCAUGGCGUCUCCAGGGGAGGACUACUGUGAGACAGAGAAUCCCAAAGGGCAGUGGCUGCUUCGAGAAAGACUAUGGGAGCGUUCAGUGCCCUGACCCCACCUGGGCUCCUUGGCUUGUCUCAGGCUGAGUCUUUGAGAAGGUGUCUCCUUGCAGUUCAGUAUAAAGUGUUUGUUGGAGUUAAAGAUGGAAAUUGUGACAAAGUCCAACUCUUCUGCCAUUGCUGGCUGGUGCCUAGCUAGUGCCAAACAGACCUGGAGCUCCCCAGAGAACCCGUCUCGGGGGAUGUGGAGCCUGGGUUUCCCCACCAGGUGGACAAGGGAGCAGGAAGGAAGAGCCUUGCUGGUGUCCCAGAGCAGAAGCCACGGAGGACCUUGAGUGGAGUGCCCAGGCUCACUCCCCUGGCUGUGCCUGGCCUGCCCUUCUCCAUGUCCAUGUGCGUGCUCACACUCUGUUCAGUACCAGAAAUGAGUGCUCCUUUGGAACUCUGGGCCAAAAAGUUCAAGGAGGCAGCUCUUCUUUCUACAGGGCUCAGAAACACCCUGGUUAGGUUCCAUAGUUGCCUUCUUUUGUGCAGAAUGGAAGUUGAGGAUGCAGCCCUUUUGUCUCAGAGUUUUCCAGAAA